AUGUCAGUUAAGGAGCAGCUCAGACAGAAGAACGCCGACGAUGUUGUUGUUGUGGCCGCGUACAGAACCGCGUUGACCAAAGGAGGCAAAGGCGGCUUCAAGGACGUCAAGUCCGACUUUAUCUUGAGGCAAUUGGCGCACGAGUUUAUCAAAAAGACGCAGUUGGACCCCAAGUUGGUGCAGGACAUCGCCAUUGGCAACGUGUUGCACGCGAGGGGCGGCGACUUUGAGCACCGGGCCGCGUUGAUGUCGGCGGGGUUCCCCCACACGGCCAGCUUCAUCGCCAUCAACAGACUCUGUUCGUCGGGGUUGAUGACCAUCUCGCAGAUUGCCAACAAGAUCAAGUUGGGCGAGAUUGAGUGCGGUGUCGCGGGCGGGGUCGAGUCGAUGACCAAGGACUAUGGCCCCAACGCGUUGGUUGCCAUCGACGCGGCAUACGCCAAGGACCCCGAGUUUUUGAAAACACAGAUCCCCAUGGGCAUAACCAACGAGAAUGUCUGUGAAAAAUUCAACAUUGCGAGAGACGUGCAGGAUGAGUUUGCCGCUUCGAGUUAUAACAAGGCGGAAAAGGCGCAGAAAGAGGGCAGGUUCAAGGACGAAAUCUUGCCCAUUGAAGUUUUCCAAGAAGAUGACGACGAUGACGACGAUGAAGCGGAAGGCGAGGACGACGACGACGACGACGUUAAGGAGAAGAAGGUUUGGAUCAGUGAAGACGAAGGUAUUAGAGCCGGCGUCACUGCCGCUGGCUUGAGCAAGAUUAAGCCGGCGUUUAAGGAAAAUGGUGUCAGUUCUGCCGGUAACUCGUCGCAAGUCACCGAUGGCGCCGCUUUGGUCUUGUUGAUGAAGCGUUCCUUUGCUGAAAAGCACGGUUACAAACCCGUGGCCAAGUACUUGCAAACCUCGAUCUGCGGUGUGCCUCCGGAAAUCAUGGGCGUCGGUCCCGCUGUCGCUAUCCCCAAGGUGUUGAAGGCGUUGCACUUGACCAUUGACGAUAUCAAUGUCUACGAAAUCAACGAAGCGUUUGCUGGCCAGUGUCUCUACUCCAUUGAAAGCUGCGGCAUCCCCCAGGAGAAGGUCAACAAGAAUGGUGGUGCCAUUGCCUUGGGCCACCCUAUGGGCUGCACCGGUGCUAGACAGUAUGCUACCAUUUUGAGAUUGUUGGAGCCUGGCGAGUUUGGGUUGACUUCAAUGUGUAUCGGUACCGGCAUGGGUGCCGCCUCGGUUAUCAUUAGAGAGUAA